UCAUCAAUUUUAAAUGUUUAGGCUGUAACACAAAUUGUGGAAAAAAAGUCAAUAGGUGUGAAUGCUUUCUAAAGGCACUGUAGGUGCAAAAAAGAUUGAAUCUCUUUGCCCUUUUCUACAGUAUUGUGCAGCAGUUUUUGGCUGGUCUGUUUGCCAACAAUGGAAAUCCAGGCGUCGCACCAGCUGCACUGUCUGGCAUGUUCCAUUCAAAUCCAGGGGACUAUGCCUGGGGUCAGGGAGGUCUAGACGCAGUUAUCACAGAGUUGUUAGGUCAGUUUGAGAGCACAGGUCCACCUCCUGCAGAGAAGGAGAUGAUCUCAUCCCUCCCCACAGUCAACAUCUCUCAAGAACAGACAGACAGCAGACUGGAGUGUCCAGUAUGUAGGGAGGAGUACUCCGUGGGAGAGUCUGUCAAACAGCUGCCCUGCCUCCAUUAUUUCCACAGUGACUGCAUAGUGCCAUGGCUCAAACUGCACGAUACCUGUCCUGUGUGUCGUAAAAGUCUUGACGGCGUCGACCAGAGCAUCCAGCCCCCACCAGAGCCCCCCUCCAUCAGGACAGACCCUCAGGAGGAGAGACGGGCUAUUUGAGGUUUAGGUCUCCCUCUCUUUUACCUCUCUGGCAUCUCUUCUUCCCUUUUUUUCUCCUGAACGAGGCUCACCUCUCCUCAUGCCUCGUCAUCCAUCGCUCCUUCUUUGACCACGCAUUUAUUGAAGAGACAGAUUUCAAUUCAACUGUGCCUCAUUGUCAAAAUUAUACUUGCUUCGAAAAAUCACCUCACUCACAAUGCUUUCACCCACAGAUCACUAUACAUUUCCUGGAGAACUUUGAUUGAGGUGAGAAAGAUCCAAUAUGCCUGCAAUAUAACCUCACCUGCAAAUGGUUCCAACUGUUUUCUGACAAAUUGUUAUGGAUUCAAUUUGUCCCUUCGUAGAGGCAUUUCACCUGUUCUGAUUGGCUUUCAUUUUUUAUUAAAAACAAAUGAACUGACAUCAUUGAGCCAUAGGGACGUGACAAAUGUGUUGAAUUUAGGAGAGUUUGUGAAAAUCCUGAAAGGUGAGCUGAACUCACUCUCUUGCAUUGUUGAUCUGGGUAAGAGAAUUUCCCUACUCUGUUCUCUCUGACCUCUUUGGUUGCAUCGCAAUAAUCUCUGCUUUCUCCUGAAUGGUGCACUUGUUCACUUCAUGGAUUUGAAAGGAAAUUACUGGUAUAUGGAAACUCCUAGGCCAUGCCUAUACCAAUCCAAAGCUUUUAGAUUUGUGGAGAGUAGUGAACGAAUGCAAACUUCGGAAGGAAGGAGAGGUUAUUGGGAAUGUAACCACAGGGAGAAUCUCAAUUGAAUACUUGCGUCCUCUCUACUUCUCAAAAUCCAUUGGAGGAGAGGAUCAGAGGGGCGGGAUCUUUGGCUUUCUCUUACAAUGGGUUUUGAGAAGGAGGCGAGGAGUAUGCAAUUGAAACUCUCCCCCGUCUCCCACUUCCUCUUAUUCGUUAAUAAUGUCCACCUCUCUUUAUGUCCCCUAUUAAAGCCUAAUGCUGUGUUCUUGACACUAUCCACCUCCUUCCUGUUAUAACAUUAUGCACUUUCCUAAUGCAUUAGUCUUUUACCUCUUUCUAUCAUUUUAUUUUGAAUGAUAAGUACAAGUCACAGCAAAAAAAAACAUGUUUUUAAUAUUGAAUAUAUUAUGAUUUGCCUAUAUAUGUAUUGGUAUGUAUAUAUGUAUAGGUGUGUAUAUACAUGUAAAUGUUUGUUAACGAAUACAUCUGCUUGGCAAUGAGGUGAUCAGAUUGAAGAUAAUAAUAAAAAAUUGUCAAAUU